GCAAUUUAGGAUGAACUUGAUUUUUUGCAAUAGUUAAUCGAAAAUGAACUUGGUUUUUAGUUUAGCUGGUUUAUUUUGUUGUGUUGGUGAUGGUGUCUUAGGUACCAGAAAUGAAACCACGAAAAAACCCUCCGACGACGACUACUACCUGAACUACGACUACGAUCUGGCCAACAGCUCCGCCAACAUUGAAUUCAAGCCGGAAUCCCUGAUCCUACCGAACCCCGAAAGUCUUGACUCCAAGUACAUUGUUGACACGUUGCCGAACAUCGAUCUACCCGACGAUUCCUUGGCCGACUCUGACCUUCGAGACCAUGAUCUCAUCGACAACAUCAUGUACGUGUAUUAUGGGUCGCACCAUCGAAACGUACCUACCUAUGGGCCCGAAAUCAUCAUAGUCGGGUCGGUGCUAAGCUGCGCCGCGCAGCUGCUCACCAUCUUCUGUGUGCUGCUGAAGAGGAACCAAAGAGCGGAGAGGAUGAUGACGUAUAUCUUUUUCCAGAUAUUGGGCACCUUCUGCGUAUCGAAUUUGAUUUUUAUGUUGGGGGUUUACGCAACGAAAAGUACUACAAAAUGCCUGAUUAUAUCAUUAAUCUUGUAUUUUUUGCACCUGAUGACCUCUGUUUGGCUAUGCUUGUACUGCUUCUACAUUUACAAGCGUUUCGCAAUCAACGGGCUAGUGAAAGAACGUCACCUCAAAGUCAAAUAUUUCAAUAUAGCAGCUUAUGACAUCCCUACUCUAUUGACGCUGGCAACUUAUUUUCUAGCACCCCACAGCUACGAAUCGAAAAGAUUCUGUUUCAUUUCGGUCCAAAAAGGGAUGAUACUCAACUACAUGCUACCUGUUUCGAUCCUGAUAGUACUCACGACAAUAUACUCAUUGAGCGGCAUACGAAAAAUCAACAUGGAACUGUCGAAGCUCGAAUUCAACAGUUCGGCAGAGUCCCUUAACGCCCUACGCAACGAAUUGGAGCUCCUCAAGGACAAAAAGGACGAUAUGGACGAGGAGGUGCAGAGUCUGAGGGAAUCGAAAACUUGCCUGAAAUCUUUGUGCGUUAUCCAGACUGGGUACGACAUCGUUUGGUUUGUGGUCGUUCUGGCACUGGAAAAUGUCAAUGAUAGCAACGGCAUGGCUAUUAUUUAUGCCAUAACGUCCUGUAUACUGAACUGGUACAUUUUCAUCAAACGAAAAAGCCUGAUGCCUUCCCUGAGGGAUCUUCCCGACGAUAUGGAGGAAAUAGUGAUCAGCAGGGGAGAAGAUCACAUCGCGACAGCUUCAGCAAACGUCUCCAGGAGAGGGUCUUCUGAUAGCAUUCCACUUUUGAACUCUGAUUCCUGCACCGAAAUGCGGGAACUGAGGUUGGAUCAUAUCAGUACCAUCAGUGCUUGAAUAUUUUCAACAUUCAGUGCUUGAAUAUUUUCAACAUUUUUGAACGAAAGUUGAUCAAUUAUUCGAACGAAACGAGACCGAAUCACAACCAGUUUUAUUUCGAUUGGUGCUGGUCCAGUAGAAUGGAUAUUACCUUUACUUUUUCAGGAAGCACAUCAAGUAUACAGUGUGUCCCACUUUUACCAUGCUCACCAUGGGUAUCUUUUUAACGGUGAGAGAUACGAGGUCGGUUAAAUGACACCAAAUGUGGAGUUUGUCAAGGCCAACUAUAAUGUGAAAAAAUAUUUUGAUAAAAUCUAUUCGUUUUUGUUUUAUACGUAAAAAACAGAUUUUGAUCAUUUUUAUGUCUCCUCCGUAACUUCUCUAUUUAUCAAAAUAUUCAAAUAGGAAUAUUUCACAUUCUCAUGGCAGUUUUUCAAAGUGAUUUCGAAAAAAAUAUGAAAUUUAUACUCUACACUCUAACUCUACAAAUAACUUUUUUUUCUCUUACAGAUGAUAUGUCGCAGUAAUAGUUUUGUGUUGAUAACAACGGAGUUAUCGUCAUUUAUACAAAAACAAAAAAAUUAUUUGGAAGCCGCCAUCUUGAAUUUAUAAAUUUUAACAAAAAAUCAUGAUCUCCGACCUCAAAAACCCCCACUUACCAAUUUUGAAUGGAAUCGGACCAAAUCUUGUCCGCCAUCUUGAAGCAGCCAUUUUCUUUAAUUUCAACAAAAAUUCCAUAAUGUAUUGUCACCGAAAUUAUGAACACCUGCCAAAUUUCAAGUUGAUCGGAGUUAUGGAAUUUUUGUUGAAAUUAAAUAAAAU